GCUGGACCUGAGCUACAAUCACCCAGGAGACUCUGCAGGGGGACUGCUUUCAGCUGCUCUGGUGGAUCCCACAGAUAAACUGAUGAAGCUGAAUGUGGAUCAUGGUGGAGAGUUCAGGCUGAAACCAGGGCUGAGGAAAUAUGCCUGUCAUCUCACCCUGGACCCAAAUACAGCAAACCCAAACCUGAUACUGUCUGAGGGGAACAGGAAGGUGACACGGGUGAAGAAGAAGCAGCAUUAUGAAGACCAUCCAGACAGAUUUGACCAUCUUCCCCAAGUUCUCUGCAGAGAAGUCUUAUCUGGAUCUCGUUAUUACUGGGAGGUGGAGAAGGAUGGUGACAGGGCUGACAUUGGUGUGGUGUACAAAGGAAUGAAGAGGAAGGGAGUGAUGGUGGAUGACAGUUGUAUUGGAGCCAACAGGAAGUCCUGGAGUUUAUUCUACUAUGACAGUGGAUAUGACUUUUACCAUGCUGGAGUCGACAGAUCCAUCUCUGGUCCUGUUUCUAACAGAGUUGGAGUGUAUCUGGACUGGCCAGCUGGUACUUUGUCCUUCUAUAUCGUGUCCUCCUCUGGUACACUGACACACCUUUACACAGAACACACCACAUUCACUGAACCCCUCUAUCCAGGGUUUAGGUUUGAGGUUUCCUCCUCCUCAGUGACCCUGUGUCAGAUAGAUGACCAACACAUUCAAAGAGACCAUGGUGGAGAGUGUUGUAUCAAGCCUGGACCUGAGAAAUGGAUUCCUCAGAGCUGUAAGACUUGUGACCAUGUUGAGGACUCCACACACUGGCUUCCGAUUGAACCCUUGACUUCCACUGUCCAGGGAGUGACAAUGUUCAGGCACAGGACACCCAAGGGGCGUUAUGAGUGCACAGUGUCUGGGCUCCGCUGGGUGUGUGACAGAGAUGUCAUUCUGAAGUAUCACUUCAGGAACUGGGAACCCUAA